CAUCAGUUGAUCGUCGUACAUCAACCAACCAUCAAUAAACAAACCAACAAUGGCCUUUAAGAUUUUCGUCUUUUUAGCUGCUGUAGCUGUGGCGAGGGGUGGAGUUUUAGCUCCUGUAGCUAAUGUAGCCAUCGCCGCCAAGUUAGCAGAUAGCGAAUACGACCCAAAUCCUCAAUACACCUUCGCUUAUGACGUCAACGACGCAAUUACGGGAGAUUCAAAAAGUCAAAUUGAGAGUCGUAAUGGAGAUAUCGUCCAAGGCCGUUAUGUUGUUGACGAUCCUGAUGGUACAAGAAGAACUGUGGAUUACACCGCUGAUCCAUUAAAUGGUUUCAAUGCUGUUGUUAGUAAAGGACCUCAAGUUAAAGCUGUUGUUGCACCAGCUGUAGCGAGAGUUGCAGCUCCAGUUGUGGCUGCGCCUGUUGCUGCUAGAAUUGCUGCACCAGUUGGAGUUCCUGCUCCAGUAGCACCUGUUUUAGCAAGGGCUGUACAUCAAGUUGCACCAGUUGCUUACCCAGCUCCCGGUUUUCCUAAAAUAGCUGCACCCGUAGCUUAUACAUCACCAAUCGCUGCACCAUUUUCUUACCCACAACCUGUUGUUAACCCUGUUGCAUAUACAUCACCCUACACUUACGUGUAAAAUUUAAGAUCAGACUAUUUUUUGUAUGAUAAAAACUCAAGCCUACUAGAAAAUGUAAUAUAAAUAUAUGUAUAUAAGCAG